UAAAAUAACUACAAUUCUAAACACCGAUAAUUAAUCAAUAUUCAUGAAACGGACUGAGCAUGCGUUUGGCAAAACUGUGUGCGCAUGCGCACCAACAGCAGCGUUUCCGGACUACAAAUCUCCGCUCCCUUCAGUCAGUGCGCUUCACGCUACAAAAACAAAAACAACCACUUUAAAAAGCAGUUAAAUGUUUUAUAUUAACGGUCGAAUAUAAAGAGAAUGGCGGAGGAGAAAACUCUGGGGUAAUAAAGAUGGACGCCGGUGUUAACGACAGCUUUGAGAACCGGACACGGACCGCGGUGGACCUCUCUCUCCGGGACACCGUCGCCGCGCUGCAGCGGGACGGAGGCGGGACGGAGGCGGACACACUUCCUGAAAUCCUCCGGGACAUCGGGAGAGAUUUAACCGCCACAGUAACCGAGCUGCACCGGGACACCUGCGCCGAAGUGCUGCGGGACAACCGGGCUCUGAGGGCGGAGCUCGGCCGGCUGGAGGCCGAGCUGAAGAGCAGCAUCGCGGCCGGGUUCCAGCUGGAGAAGCAGCUGCGGAGCCAGGUGGGCCGGCUGAGGAGGGAGGUGGCUCACCUGGACCGGGACCUGGAGAGGGUGAGGGCGGGGAGCCAGAGGACCAGAGAGCGGCUGGAGACCCAGCGGGGACAGAGGACCCUGAGUGGGCCGGUUCAUGUGCUGCUGCAGGGCGGAUCAAUGCUCGGGAGUCCUGCUGUGUCUCUGUACACCAGUCAGACGGUGGCGGACCCCGCCGCUCUCUCUGCAGCCAUCUUGAGCUCUGCAGUGGCCACAGGUCUGACCUCCGCUCAGCCCUCGGCGCCUCUGGUGGUGACGAGUCAGCCGCUGCCCGACCGCCGCUCUCCGACCGUCACGCAGACUUCCCAGAACCCCCUGCAGUCUGUGCAACCUGACAGUCAGGGUCUCCAGACGCCCCCGGAGGCGGCGGGAGGAGCUGCAGGCGACCCACCGACCUCGACCGCGGAGCGAAACAGACCAUCAUCAGGAGUCGACUCUCAACCUCAGGAAACGGCGACGAAACUCAGUGAAGACAAACCUGAAGAUGUUGGAGGAAAAUCAGCAGGCUUUGGGAAGAGUAACAACCAGGAGACAAACAAUAGGAAAAAGGAGAAGCAUCAACAGAAGCGAAUCUUUUGUGACAAAUGUAACAAAGGCUUCCACUACCGACAUCAGCUGAAGCAGCACAUGAGUCGUCAUGAGCAACCGUUCGCCUGCGAUCAGUGCGACAAACGCUUCCACAAGGAGAAGAGCUUCCAAACUCACCUCCAGGCCCACAAAGUGAAACUAGCGAGAGAAAACAGUCAGAAAAUGUGGCCUUGUAGCCGGUGUGACAAACAGUUCAGACUCCAGAAGAAACUGGAAGCUCACCUGUUGCACCACGAAGAGCAGAAGAUCUUCAAGUGCUCCGUUUGCGAGAAGUCGUUCGGUAAGAUGCACCUGCUGAAACGUCACGAGGCCGUCCACUCCGGUGUCCGCCCGUUCGUCUGCGACACCUGCGGUAAAGGAUUCACCGCCAAGAGCGUCCUGCAGGAGCACCAGUCCAUUCACACCGGAGAAAAACCUUUUACCUGCUCCUCCUGCGGGAAGAGUUUCAGGACUUCUGCUCACCUGUUCUCUCACAAGAAGGUGCACUCAGAGGAGCGGCCGUUCGAAUGCUCCGACUGCGGUAAGACGUUCAAGCUGAAGCGAGCGCUGGUGCAGCACCGGAUCGUCCACACGGGGGAAAAACCCUUCGUCUGCCAGACCUGCGGGAUCAGAUUCGGUCUGAAGAACAACCUCCGGAGACACCUCCGCGUGCACACGGGUGAGAAGCCGUUCAGGUGCGAGGAGUGCGGGGAGGAGUUCUCGGGAACGUGUGCGUUCAAGACCCACAUGCUUGUUCACGGUGCAGAGAAACCGUUUAUGUGUGACCUCUGCGGGAAGACGUUUUUCUACAACUCGAAGCUGCUGGAGCACCAACAGGUGGCGCACCGGGACCGAGAGGUGGCGCAGACGAACCUCGAAUCCUUCCGCUGUGCCGUCUGUCAGAAAGCGUUUUCUAGCGCUGACACCUUGAGAGUUCACGAAGGAAUCCACGCAGAGGAAAACAAAUUCAUCUGCGCUACCUGCGGGAAGUCUUUCCACCGUAAAUGUACGUUUGUCUACCACAUGCGGCGGCACGGCGAGGAGAGGCUCACCAGCUGCGCCGUGUGCGGGAAGAGGUUCCCGCAGCUGAGCCGUCUGAAGGACCACAUGACGCUGCACACCGGAGAGAAGAGGUACACGUGCGAACAGUGCGGCAAAGCUUUCAGGACGCGCAACAACUUCUACCGACACGCCAAACUCCACAGAGGAGAGCGGCCGUACGAGUGCCGGGUCUGCAGCAGCAGGUUCAGCCAGUCCAACCAGCUGAAGUCGCACAUGCAGAUCCACACCGGGGUGAAGCUGUACUCCUGCGGGCGCUGCGGCCGGGGCUUCUCCGACUCCAGGCAGCUCAAGAAACACAGCUGUGGUGACGGCUUUCAGAAACCAGCCAUCAAUCUAUGUUGAAAAGACAACCACAUUUUGAAGAUGGUAACACAUCAGCUCAACUGUGAUUGGAGCACAGGGCAAAAAGGGGCGGAGCUUAGGAAGGUUAGAAGAACGGAUUGAGGUGAAAGUUUGUACCAAGGUUCAAGUUCCCCAGACAACGAGUCCGACUGAAUGUCGUGACUUUCCCUUUAGGAACAUGAACAUCAGGAUGAACUGACUUUAAUCUAUCGUCAGGUCAACAUUUUAACGUGUCCAGUGCCUUCGUUAACCUUUAACCUGAGCUGUACAGAUGAACAAAAGGCAGGGUUCACUAGCUGUAGAGACGCUUGUAUGUUUAAAUAUAUAAUAUAUAGAUAAAUAUAUAUAAUAAAAGGACAGACAGACAAACAGCACUGUGAAUAAAUAUAAACAACUCAGGGUUUGUCACAACAAUGUGACAUCAACAGGUAAUUCUACCUUUCACCUGUUGAUUGGUGGAUAAAAUGAUGUCACUGUGAUACUCCUGUUUACUUCCUGAAGGUAUACGUAAUCGUUUUAAUGUUCAUUGUUUUACACUGAAGUUGUCUGUUGUUGGUUUAUUUUUAUAUAUACUGAAAAUAAGCUUCAUUAUAUUAAAAACAUGUUUACCUACCAGAACAAUACACUGAUUAACGUUUACUUUUAAGUGUUUAAAUUAAAUAAAAUGUGUUUGAAAAAA